AUGACAAUGCUGAUGAUCAUUGCGUACAUCUUUCUGAUCUUUUGCUUUCCGUCUGUUCAACUAGUUCAUUUCCAAGGUGGAACAGUAUCAUGGAAAUUUAUCAAUUACACAAAUACAAGUUCAAGAGUUGACGUGAUGUUCACACAAUCAUAUCAGUGGACGCUAGCUUCUACGCCUUGUAAUCAGGCUACUAUUUCAAAUCAAUCGCCACUAUUACAAAGUACAGGUGGAAUACUUAAUUGUGUUACUGGUUCUAGUUCUUGUGGUGGUUAUACUUCUUUAAGCGUUGGUGAAUAUUGUACUGAUUUCAGUACCUUACUCGGAUCCAGUUCAGGUCAGAUCUCCACAAUUAAAAGUAUUGCAGCCGGUUCACAGUUUUGUGUGGCAUUUCAAAGCGGAAACUGGAUAGGAAUACAAGUUUCUGGAAUCUUUACUACUAGUGCGCUGUGGUCUAUUGGAACUUGUGUCAAUCUAACUGUCAGACCAAAUGGAAUGAUUAAUACACCACCCGUUGUUACAAUUAUUUCACCUAUUCGAGUAGCAAUUAAUAGUUCAAUCCGUAUAACGAUUCCAACAAUUGAUGCUGACAAUGAUUUUACUCGCUGUCGUUGGGCUAACAAAACGUCUACUUUUGACGAAUGUGGUGGUGUUUGUCAAAGAGUACCAAGCACUUCACUUGACAAUAAUGGUUGCGUGCUGACAUUCAAUAGUACAGGCACUAAAGUGGGAGAAUAUUAUGCAAUUGCCUUGAUGAUUGAAGAUUUUGCUACUCCAUCGACUUCUAUACCGUUUAGCAGUGUUCCUCUACAGUUCUUAAUCACUAUUAUGAGCCCACCUAUUUGUCCAUUAAAACCCAAGAUUAGUUCAACAUUGUCACCAUGCACAGCUAUUGAAGUUGGAGUUCAAUUUAACUACACACUGACCAUUUCACAAGGAUGUGUCGGAGCUAAUGUGAUAGAUGUGUUUACUAUGCCACCGCUGUAUAUGUAUAAAGGAAGCAUAACACAGGUUGGUACGACCAAUGUUUGGACACUAACUGAAACAUGGAUACCAAAAGUUUCGCAACUUGGAUCUCAAGUAUACUGUGCCAUAGCCACGGACAAUGCGGGUAUUCAGUCAGAUCAGUACUGUCUCACGUUCACGGUUGUUCCCGCUGGUCAAACUUCUUUGUGUCCAGGUGUAACUACUUCAACUACAUCCACAUCCACAACAACGAGUACAAGUGAUAUUACGACCACUGCAACAACAACGACUGGUAGCACUCUGACCAGUACAACGAAAAUAUCUAAGAAUAUAAACAUACCAAUGAUCAUUGGCUUAUCACUAUUAGGCUUCGGGACUCUGUUAACUCUCUGUUGUUGUUGUGGGUGGUGCUUAUUCUGUUAUCGACUGGGUCGUCGGCGUCACAGACAAAAAGCGAAGAAGAGCCAAGCGAAACAUUUACUUCGUAGUGAUCUAUCAUCAUUAGGAUUAACUUUACCUACGUCGUCAUUAUCCAACGAACAGAAAUUCGUGCCAACACGUGGACGUCAUUUUGACAAACAUCAUAAAUCACAUAAAGAUGCUAUGAUUCAUCCAUUAAAGACCAGGAGUAGUGUAAUAAUCAAUAGUUUGGUGAGAAAUAUAAGUAAGCUCAAAGAUUCAUCGUCUUCUGGCUCGAGUACCGAUAGUUACAAAAACGAAAAUAGUGAAUUCAACGAACCAUUGUCAACCAAAAUAAAUUCACUUGAUGUAGAGCCAUUCUCAAAUGCCGACAAAAUUUACAAGAUCGAUUGUUUCAGAUUACCAAAUACUGAAACAGUGAGUGUUAGCACCAUACAAUUACCGAGAGCAACACUACCAGCACCGAUUGGUCAAGAGACACAGUCAUCUAAAUUGUACUGUCCAACGUCACAAACUUUGCUUUCAAACGACGGAACACUGUUAAAACUGAAACAAAAUAAUUCAAUUACCAUCACGAAGCAACUGAGAUCAGUGGCGCGGAAUCAUAAAGAUACAUCGCGUAUAUCACACAAGUUUUUGUCAUCAGCAAAAACCAGCAACAAUUUGGCAGUUCGCAUCAUUAAAAUCAACAGUUUGAAUUUGCCAUCGAUAGUGUCCAAUGGGUCAACUAUGAAAACAGACAUAUAA